AUGAGGCAAUUUUUCGGCAUUACCAUUCUUGUAUUUUUUUUGUAUUUAUAUAUUCAUCAAAAUAAUGUUCUAUGUAGCGAAUUUGAUAAUAUAAAAAGUUCCAACUUGAGGAACGGCCGAACAACUGAAACUGUCACCGUACAGGAUGAAGAAAGUAGACAGGAUGGAACGAAUGAAGAGAGAAGCACGCCAGAACAAGAAAUAGAUAAUGCAAAAAAGCAAGAGCAAAUUGAAAAAGCUAACAAAGCAAAAGAAGAAGCUCUCAAGCUUCAAAAAGAAACAAAUGAUGAAGUGAAAAAAGUAGAAGAUGCAGCAGAAAAAGUAGAAGGAGCAAAAGGAAAAAUAAAAGAUGUAUUGGAAAAAUUAAAAGAAGUAGCAGAAGAAGCGAAGAAAAAAGCAGCCAAAAGGGCAGGUGAAGCAGAAGAUAGAGCAGAUAAAGCAGCAACGGUAGACACAAGUAGUAUGGCAUAUUUGCACGCAUAUAAUGCUGAAAAGGCAAAAGAUAUUGUAAAGAAAUCAAAAGAAAAGGCUAAGAAGGUAGCCGAAAUAGCACAGCAUGUUAUAAAAGCAUAUGAGGCGAAGAAGGAUGCAGAAAAAGCACAACAAGAAGCAGAAAAGGCUAAGAAAGGAGCAAAGAAGGCUAAGGAAGAAAUACAGAGAGCUAUGGAAGAAGUAAUUACGGCGAAUAAUGUAGCAACAAAAUUUGUGGAAGAAUCAAAGGAAAUAAAAACAGAAGAAGAAACGGAAAGGUUCAAAACAACGAAGAAUAAUGUAGAAGGAGCAUUGGAAAUGAUAAAGCAAGAAUUGAAAAAGAUAGAGCAAGCACUGCAAAAUGCAAAACGAAAUGCAACGGAAGCCGAUAGUGAAGCAACAAAAGUUGCAACAGAAGCAACUAAAGUUGCAGCUCAACUAGGAGGAAAGAUAAACAAAGUAAUAAUAGACGAAGGAAAUCUAAAAAAUAUAGCACAUCUUGCUAAAGAAGCACUAGAAGCAGCGAAGCAGGCCACGGAAUCAAAAGCACAAGUACAAAUACAAGCGGGAAUAGCAAAAAUUCAGGUCGCAUUGGAAGAAUCAAAAAUAGCAGCAAAGGAAGCUGCAUUAGCAAAAAAACUGACGCAUGAAUUGGUAAAAGUGGCAACAGCAGCCAAUGUGCCUAUGGAAACAGCAACAGAAAAGGAAGCUGAAAUAAACAAUAAGACACAAGAAAUAGAAGCUUUAUUAGAAGAAAUAGAAAACAUAGAAGGAGAAAAAAAACCAUUAGAAAAAGUGGACGAAGCUAAUGAAAAAGUGCAAAAAGCAAACGAAGCAAAAGAAUUAGCGAAGAAAGCAAAGGAAGAAGCAAAAAUAGCCGUAUCAGUUGCACGAGUGCAUGUAGCGAAGCAAAAAGCAACAAUGUUAGCGCAGGUAGCUGAUGAAGAGAAAGAUAGAGCAAAAAAGGCAGCAGAAAUAGCGGAGAGUGCAAAGAAAGCAGCAGAAAUAGUAUCUGAAAAUGUAGAAAACGUACCCGAAAUACUACAGGCUGUAGAAUCUGCAAUAGCACAAGUACAAACUGCAAAAGCAGAACAGAAGAAUGCUGAAAUGGAAGCAACUGAAGCUGCACAAGGCGUAAGUGAUUUAGAACAUUUAUUACUAAUGGCAACAGAAGCAGCCAAUGAAGCAAAAAACGCAGAAGGAGAAAAUUUGGCAAGUACAUUGCAAGAAACACAAGAAAAAGCAUUAGAAGCAGUAAAACAAGCAGACCAUAAGGCACUGCAGAUACUAAAUAUAACGCAGAAAGCGGUAGACGCUUCUAAAGAAGCACAAAAAGCAGCAGAAGUAACAAAAGCACAUGCUGCAAAAGCAGAAGUCUAUAAAGCACUGGAGGAUAUAAAAAAAGAGGAAAAAAAAAUAAAAGAGAUGGCAAAAGAAUUAGAAGAACCGCAAGCAUCACUAGUAGAAAUGGCACGACAGGUAGCUGAAGCGGAACUAAAGAAAGUAACAACGCUGAAGGAUGUAAAAAAAGAGGAACAAAAGUUAAAUGAGCUAGCUAAACAACUAAAAGAACUGCAAGCAUCGAAAGUAGUAGAAAAGGCAGGGAGGCUUGCAGAAGCAGAACUAUGGAAGGUAGAAAAACCGGAAGCAUCAGAUGUAGUAGAAGAUGCAGGACAGGUAGCAGAAGCAGAACUGAGAAAAGUAGUAACUGAAGCAGAAAUAGCGAAUGCUGCAGUAGAUAAAGUAAAAAGAGCGCAUACAGUAGAAGAAGCGAAGGAACAAGUAAACAAAGCAAUAGAUGCUUCUCAAAAGGCUCAGUCGGCAGCGGAAAUAACAAAAGCAGAAGCCGCAAAAGCAGAAGUAUAUGAAGCACUAGAGAACAUAAAAAAAGAAGAACAAAAAAUAAAAGACCUAGCUACAAAAGUAGAAGACCCGGAAGCAUCAAAAAUUGUAGAUGUGGCAAGACAUGUAGCAGAAGCGGAAAUCACAAAAGUAAAAACUGAAGCAGAAAAAGCAAAAGCUGCAGCAGAUAGUGCAAAGGAAGCAGGUACGCCAGAAGAAGCAAAAGCUGAAGCAAUUAAAGCUAUAGAUGCUUCUCAAAAAGCACAGACAGCAGCAGAAAUAACAAAAGCAGAAGCUGCAAAAGUAGAAGUAUAUAAAGCACUGGAGGAGGUAAGAAAAGAGGAACAAAAAAUAAAGGAGCUAGCUACAAAAGUAGAAGAACCUGAAGCAUCAAAAGUAGUUGAUUUGGCAGGACAGGUAGCGGAAGCGGAACUCAGAAAAGUAGUAACUGAAGCAGAAAAAGCGAAUGCUGCAGCAGACAAAGCACAAAAAGCGGCAGAAAUAACAAAAGGAGAAGCUGCAAGAGCAGAAGUAUAUAAAGCACUGGAGGAUGUAAGAAAAGAGCAACAAAAAAUAAAAGAGCUCGCUACAAAGGUAGAAGAACCCGAAGCAUCAGAAGUAGUACAGACGGCAGGAAAGGUGGCCGAAGGAGAACUAAGGAAUGUAAGAAGUGAAGCAGAAAAAGCAAAUAUAGCUGUAGAUAAAGCAAAAAAAGCAAAUACCCUAGAAAAAGCGAAAGCAGAAGAUAUAGAAAAAGAGCAACAAAAAAUAAAAGAGCUAGCUACAAAAGUUGAAGAACCGAGAGCAUCAAAAAUACUUGAUAUGGCAGGAAAGGUAGCCCAAGGAGAACUAAGGAAUGUAACAAGUGAAGCAGAAAAAGCAAACGCUGCAGCAGAAAAGGCAAAAAAUGCAAAUACACUAGAACAAGUGAAAGCAGAAGUAAACAAAGCAAUAGAUGCUUCUGAAAAAGCACAAAAGUUAGCGGAAAUAACGAAAGCGGAAGCAGCAAAAGCAGAAGCAUAUAAAGCGCUGGACGAUGUAAAAAAGGAGGAACGAAAAAUAAAGGAACUAGCAAAAAAAGUAGAAGACCCUGAAGCAUCAAAAGUAGUUCAUGUGGCAGGACAGGUAGCGGAAGCUGAACUAAAAAAAGUAACAGGUGAAGCAGAGAAAGCAAACGCUGCAGCAGAGAAGGCAAAAAGAGCAUAUACACUGGAACAAGCGAAAGCAGAAGCCAUCAAAGCAAUAGAUGCUUCGAAAAAAGCACAAAAAUCGGCACAAAUAGCAAAAGCAGAACUAUUAAAAGCAAAAGGAGAAAUAUCUGCACAAGUAGCAGAAGCAGCACAGAAGGAAGCAAAGGAGGCAAGCAAUAAAAUAACUGAUACGAACAAAGCUGUAAAUAUGACAACAUUAGCGAGUAAGCGAGCAGACGAAGCAUUAGACAGAGCGAGGAAACAGGCCGCGAAAGCAAGAAGCGCAUCCGAGGAAGUAAAGAAUGCAACAACAGUAGAAGAAGCGGAAGAAGAAUGUUGCAAGGCCAUACAUGCAGAAGGAAGUGCAAAUGAAGAAAGAAUAAUGGCAGAAUUAGCAGCUGCAGUAGCAAAAGCAGAAGUAGCGAAAGAGGAAGCGAAAAAAGCAAAAGAAGAAGCUAAGGUAAAAAUAGCAAGUACGCUAGAAAAAGCAACAGCAGAAGCAACUAAAGCAAUAGACGCUUCCCAAAAGGCGCAGAUAGCAGCGGAAGUAACUAAAGCGGAAGCGGCAAAAGCAGAAGUAUAUAAAGCACUCGAGGAUAUAAAAAAAGAGGAACAGAAAAUGAAAGAGCUAACUACCAAAGUACAAGAGCCUGAAGCAUCACAAGUAGUAGAAAUCGCAGGAAAGGUGGCGGAAGCAGAACUAAGGAAUGUAAGAAGUGAAGCAGAAAAAGCUAUUGCUGCAGCAGACAGGAGGCCAGCGCCAAUGAAGAUAGAAUAA